GUACAUUGCCAUAGUUCAUCCCCUAAAAGCCAAUAUACUGUGCAACCGACGUAACACCUUGAUUGGAAUCGCCUGUAUUUGGCCAUUGUCAGCUGCAUUCGCAAUUCCCAUUCCCAUUUUUAACGUCAUUGGCACCCCUCCUAACGCAACUGAUGCGAAAUGUGCUACAAGGUUCCCGGGCAAUCAUGGCAGCAUUUUUUCUGCCUGGAAGUAUGCGGAAAUGACAUUGUGGUACAUUGUGCCGAUGGUGAUUCUUAUUGUGCUGUACACUAUAGUAGGGCAUAGGCUUUUUGCUGGGGCGGAGGAACUUCAUGGAGGCCGAAAAGACAAAGGGGAGUCGGAUGCACUGAAAGCAAGACGAGGGGUCAUUAAGAUGCUGGUUGCUAGCGUAGUGCUCUACUUAAUCAGUUAUUCUCCUAUACAGGGGAUGUUAAUUUAUACUACAUUUCGACCGUUUCCCCUUCACAAGAGGUGGAUGUGGCACGCCUUCGUGAUCAGCCUGGUCUACGUCAACUCAGCUGCGAAUCCCAUCCUCUACUCUAUAUUCAGUCAAAAUUUUCGUCGCCGAUUCCAGCGCAUGGUUUGUUUCUGCAGCACGAAGUACAGAGCGGCGCGCUCUCUCAGCACUGCGGGGUCGUCCUGUUCUCAGACCGUUGGCCAAUGUCCUUCAAACGCAACCAAGUACAGCCUGGUGCAUCUGAACAGGGGUCAUUCAGAAGCUUAGAUGCGGCGAAGACACGCAGUGUUGCCAAUUAUGAAAAAAGAAGAGCUGACAUCUUAUUCACCCUACAGCCCGUUUUAAAAGCGAUGUGGUCCUAUCUCCACAUUAUUAAAGAUUGAAACGCGUCUGGGCAUAAGUGCUUUUCUCUUUUCAUUUACUGCUUACAGUGGCAUUUGUCAUCGUAACAUAAUGAGAUUAAUAGGUAUACAAUCAUGACAUCUUUUACAUAACCAGUGAACUACU